AUGUCAAGUAGCCGCAGAAAACUGUGGAAGAUCCCAGAACGGCCUAAUACGUUUCGUAGUCGAAAGCGUCGGCCUGAUGAUGUUCCGAGAGCGAACGAGGGACCGAAACGUCGACGGAUGAAUAAUGGAGAGGAUGGACAAAAGACCGGUCAUGACUCGAAGCCUAUUGGAUUCAAGGCGCUGGAGAGCAUUUGUAGAGAAGAACUCCCAGAAAAGGCCGUAUUAGAAUUAACUAGAAAAGCCGAACAGUUCGAAGCACUCUUAUCCAUGGACGAUAUAAGACCGGAUUUGUUAAAGCUUGUUAUAACUUCUUUUCGUAUGCUGUGUUCAUCAAACAACAUCAUGACCGCAAACGCAGAGAAGAUCCUUCGCUCUACUAAAGCAAAGAGGUUUCUCACUGGAACAGUUCUUUCAAGUUUUAUCAACAAGAUGGCCUAUCUAGGUGGGAAUUCUGGGGUUGGUACUGUGAUAAUGGAUCUUAUAGCCAUUUUUCUGACCAUUAUUCAGAAGUUGGGUGAAAGCAUUGUGCACAGUCUUCCUAUUCCGCAGCUCAGGAUCUCCUUGGCCGUAUUAAAGGAAAAGAAUCUCAUCGAAAACACCGACGAUCUUGAAAAGAAACUCCAACAUGUAACCGAGCUAAAAGAUGAAGUGAUUCGCCUGGCAAUGUCUGGGCAUGAUCAGGAAUCCCAGUUAAAACCCCCACAGAAUUUUAGAGAACUAAGCGUUAUUCCUUCUGCGGCAGACCUACUUUGCUCCAGGCCUUUCCUUCGUAAGAACAUUACGGACAGAAGGUUCAACGACCUUGAUCAUUACCUUGAUGUACAGUUUCGGUUGCUGAAAGAGGAUUUUGUAAUGCCACUUAGAAAUGGCAUUAAGCAGCUCACAAAGGAUAAAGAUUUGUUAGAACCGACCAAAAGCAGUACUAGACAAGCAAAUGAUGUCUCCGUAUACCAUGGUGUAACAGUGCUAUAUCCUGUAUGUAACAGGAAAGGCAGGGUCUUCAAAAUCAAGUUUAACCAGUCUCAUUCCAAAGUGAGGCGAGUUAAGUGGGAGAGAUCUAAACGCCUCAAGUUUGGCUCUCUACUUUGCCUGUCUUCAGAUGAUUUCAACACACUUGUCUUUGCGUCCGUGGAAAACCGAGAUCCCGAAGGGCUUAGUGAUGGACAGCUGGAAGUGCGGUUUGAGAACACUGAAGCCGCGGAAGUUAAUCGGUUUAUUCAAAGCAAAGAGACGUUUGUAAUGGUAGAAUCUGAUGCUUACUUCGAAUCCUACAGACACGUACUAGAAGGGCUGCAGGAGAUCAACCCUGAAGAAUUUCCAUUUCAGCGAUACAUUGUGGAAUGCUGUCAGGACAUUGGACCCCCGGCGUAUCAGCUGCAUGGAAAGGAAAGUGACGAAAAGAAUAAUUCUUUCACCUUUAAAUUUGAUCGUGUUUUGGCAAAGAAGAAAUCUCCAGAAACACUCGUUAGUAAUCACCGUUCGACAUCACCAAGGUUACAGGUGGCCAGUGAGCAUGCACUUGGGACAGAUUCCAGCCAACCGGGAGAGGGGUUCGGAGAAUUGUCAUCAGACGCAUGUACCGAGUCCUUGAGUAAUCCUGACGUUGUUAUGGACAACGAAAUGCCUCAUGAAAUCUUCAAUUGGCCUGAUAGAGAAAGUUUGGGCCUUAACGAAUCACAGAUGCGGGCGUUUAAACUGGCACUAACCAAAGAGUUCGCUUUAAUCCAAGGACCACCGGGGACAGGGAAGACCUUUGUUGGAUUGAAAAUAGCUCAAGCACUUCUAGAUAACAAGUCACUUUGGCGAGACGAGGAGGGAAGUUCUCCAAUCCUGAUGGUCUCAUAUACGAAUCACGCCUUGGACCAGUUCCUAGAGGGCCUAAUCUCCAAUCGAGGUGAGAUGGGAAAAAUAUCUUCGUUCAAUCAAAUUAUAACGAUCCUGAGCUAAAAUAUAAAGAAUGCAAAAAAUUGAACUCCUAGGGUUUCAGAAGAGUUUUAAGACCACUUUAACCGCGAAAAGAGAGGAAUAACAUGUCAGAUUUCUGACACUACGUUUUGAGAUUUUAGAUGACAUUCAGUGCUGAUUUGAAAUACAUAAACGGCGACCUCUGCUGAUUAGAUAUGUGGAGAGUAGUUUGCUAAGUCUGAUUCACGCAAAACUGUCGUUCCUUCAAAAACUACCCUUAAAGUAUUUCAGGCGUUGUACUUUCAGGUCACUUUCACUGCAUCAGGUGUAGCCGGGCAGAUCACUGUGUUUUAAAGACGAGAAUUUAGGCCUGAAAAAAAUAUUAAUAACUGAACAAACAAGUCACAAAGUACACAUGAUUUCUUUACGUGGGAAGCGGGGUGAUCCAGUGGUUAAAACGGUUUGGGUUUCCGUAUUAGGAAGUCCGGGUUCAGGCCUUACAGGGGUUAUUGCGUUGAGUUCUUGGGCAGCACACUUUACUCUCACGCUGCCUCGCUCUAUCCAUGUGUGAUGGAUACCGACGAAUUUAAUGCUGAGGGUAACCCGGCGAUGCACUAGUAUCCCGUCCGAGGGAGAAGAUAAGUGUCCUUAGUCGCUUCAAGCUACAGAAACCGAGUUAAACUCCGAUCUGAUGAGCCACAUGGCGGCUCGAAUGCAGAAUGUAAUUUUUCACCUUAACAUUUGCUUUAAUCAGCAGUUUUCUAAAAAAGGUUUUUCAUCAUUUUGCCAGGUAUCGUUCGUGUUGGUGGGCGGAGCAAAAGUAUCACUCUGAAGCCAUUCAAUCUAAAAUUACUUAGAACCAUGGAGGCAUCAACCGUUGCCCAUGCUAGAAGAACGACAAGAAAGGGCAUCAGAAUGCAAAAACACUCCUUUCAGCAGUCGUCUCUCUUGAUGAAGGCCUUAAAUUCAAGUAUCAUCUCCUUAGAUUUCCUUAGAGACCAACAGUGCAUACAAAGGAGACACUACAGGGAAUUUUGCACCUUGGCUGGAAUACGGUCCAUCAAUGAUCAGCUGUUAGAGUGGCUUGACAUCUCGAGGAAUGGCAGAUCGACUGCAAAAGAUGAUAACAGGGAUGAUAUUCUGAUGGAGGUAUCUGUCCCUGGAUACGAUUUUGACAGCGACGAAGAAGACAUCGAUGGACAUAAGAUGACCACACUUCAGAAAAUAACCGUUCUCUCGAUUAAGGACUCGGAUAAUCCUAAUUGCAUGAAAAGAAAUUUCAAGGACAAAGCAAUGAAUGAACACGAAGAGCUACGAGUUGGCUCUCUUAUCAAGCUGAACAGACGAGACCGGUGGAGGUUAUACAGACUGUGGUGUCAAAGGCUAGAAAAAAAGCAACAGGAAAAUUUGCAAAGUUGUCAAGUAGAGUUCGAAGAAGCUCUUUCUCGUGACAAAGAAUUGGACACCAUGAUAGAAUACGAUGUUCUUCGACAGGCACGUGUCAUUGGCAUGACAACUACGUGCGCUGCAAGGUACCGUCACAUUCUGCAGCGGAUUUCCCCGAAAAUCGUUCUGGUUGAAGAAGCUGCUGAAGUGUUGGAGGCUCAUCUUAUAACGUCAUUGUCGAAAGGAUGCCAGCACUUGAUUCUGAUCGGCGAUCAUCAGCAACUUAGACCCAACCCCACUGUCUAUGAAUUGGCUACGAAGUACGAUCUGGAUGUGUCGUUGUUCGAGAGAAUGGUAAAAGUUGGAAUUUCGUGCGAAAAGCUAUCUGUUCAACAUCGCAUGAGGCCUGAAAUUGCCGCUCUGUUAAAGCACAUUUACCCAGAUCUUGAGAAUCACGAGUCAGUGAAAGAAUAUGAAGACAUUAAAGGAAUUAAGAAGAACAUGUUCUUUGUCAACCACAGUCAUUUGGAAAACAGUAAUGAUGAAUCGCACAGUCACUCUAACGAGCACGAAGCUGCAUUCCUGGUUGCCCUGUGUCGAUACUUACUUCAACAAGGCUACAGUGCUGGACAAAUAACAUUAAUGACCACCUACACUGGACAGGUGUUUGCAAUUAAGGACUGCAUCAAACAGCAAAACAGCGAAGAAUUCAAAGGUGUUCGCCUGACAACCGUUGACAACUUUCAAGGAGAAGAAAAUGACAUCAUCCUCCUCUCCCUAGUGCGGAGUAACAAGAACGAAAAAGUUGGUUUCAUCAAGAUUGUGAACCGCGCAUGCGUGGCGCUCUCCCGUGCCAAGAAGGGGUUCUACUGCAUUGGAAACUUUGAUCUUCUUUCUAAGCACAGUGAGAUCUGGAGCAAGAUAGUGGCGGAUUUAAAAACGAGUGACAGCAUCGGAAACGCCUUGCCCCUUGUUUGUGAAACCCACAAAGGUGAAGUGGCAGCUGAAACAGCAAAAGAUUUCGGUGAAAAAGUUCCUGACGGGGGAUGUCAACGGAGAUGUGAGGUACGUCUGAGAUGCGGUCACGCCUGCAAACUCCUAUGCCAUCCAGGUGACCCUAAACAUACGAAGUACGUCUGCGGGGAGCCAUGUGGAAGAAACAUUGAAGGUUGCACUCAUACGUGUCCAAAUCGUUGUAGUGAGCCUUGUGAAAUGCAAUGUAAGGUGAUUGUAGAGAAAGCUUUGCCUAAUUGUGGCCACAUCACACAAGUAGAAUGCUUCACUGAUCUCAACAGAAUUCCUUGCAAAGAAAGAUGUAGCAACAUUUUGUCUUGCAAUCAUCGCUGCCAAAACUAUUGCCAACGUCCAUGUAGCACUGAAUGUAUGGAGCUUGUGAAGCGAACUGAUUGGCCCUGUGGACAUGAAGUUACUGUUGCCUGUUCAGCCACCCCCUCUGACUGCCCAGUUCCAUGUAGAGCCAAGUUGGACUGUGGUCACACGUGCCCAGGAAAGUGUGGCGAGUGUCGAAUGGGUCGAAUACACCAACGAUGCAAAUUAAGGUGCGGUCGUGUGUUGGUCUGUUCACAUGUGUGCAAAGAAACAUGCGCUGUGCCAUGUCCACCUUGUUUAAAAACCUGCGAAAACCGUUGUGUACACAGUAAAUGUACGGAUAUGUGUGGACAUUUAUGUGUACCAUGUCGCGAGCCGUGUUCUUGGGAAUGUCUCCAUCACAAGUGUUUCAAGAGGUGCCAUGAGAUGUGUGAUAGGCCACGAUGUAACCAACCCUGCCAAAAAAUUCUCCCGUGCUAUCAUGUUUGUCGUGGUUUAGAGUGCCAGAAGGAAUGCAUCUGUACAGUGUGCGACAAAAAUGACGGUGUCGAUCCCAUCACGACAAUCUUCUUAGGUGGAGAGGAAGAUGAGGACGCACGAUUUAUGAAGCUGCCAGACUGUGGACACAUCUUUGCAGUGUCUGAUCUUGACAGGUAUGUAGUACCCUACGUAGAGGUUGAUCUUACAUUAAUAGCUGUAGUCAUCGCAGUUCAAGUGAGGAUAAUUCUCUCAUCCAAGUUUGCACUACUUGAACUUUUAUGCCGCGCAUAGUUAUUGAGACGGGCUCUUUUACUUAACGUCCACAAUCUCUUUAAAAUUUAUCGUGAUAAACCUUGAGGCGAUUUAAGUUAGAGCGAUCCAGAUGUAUUUUAAGAUUGUUAACGGUGUUGAUGUGAUAGGCAAGACGCAUUAGAGCCACGUUUCUCAAAGCGAAGAUCCAGUACCUUAGAGUUCCUUGUAAAAGUAUACCCAUGAUCACCCAGUCUGUUUUAAACGGGCGUCUCCCUUCUCUGCGGAGGUGCGAGCAGAACAUACAAAUGGUUAAUGCCUACAUUUAACUGAAAGCCAUUUCAGACAUUUCAGCUUGUUUUCACAUCUUGUUCAGACAACGUAAUUCUCUAGGUCUGUCUUUGUUCUUGGCAAGACACAUCACUCGCACAGUGUCAAAUCCACCCAAGCUUGCUAAUGUGAACUUAUAUAUUUAAUGGGAAGUUACCCAGUGAUGGACUAGCAUUACCGCAAAGGACGGGAGGGCAUCGAAGUAGCUUUGGCCUGCGGGCUCACUUGGCCUGAGUGAAGAAUUAACCUUUACCUCCUUCUUUUCGGUGAUGUAAAGAUGCGGAUGAAUCCUUCAAAAGGCUAUUCAAUAUUCCUUGCUCCCACCCCAAGAAUCCACUUCAUAGACUGCUUCAUCAUAUGACCAGUCCUAAAUUAAUACCUACUAUUUGCCCGGCUAGGUAGUGGGAACAGGAUCAACCUUACCAACAAAAGCCGAUUUAUUUUGUUUAUCCAACAAACGCAGUGCUGCACUGGUUGAUGAUAGCGACAACGUUAGUUGUUGAGGAAUAACGUCAAGUUGGUGUUUAUUUUUUGGGUUUCAGGUAUAUGGACAUGUCAGAGAAUGACUCGGCCGAAAGUCAAGUGAUUCAAUUAAAAACAUGCCCUCGUUGUAGGACGCCUAUCCGCUGUAGCCUGCGAUAUGGUAACGUCAUUAAGAGGCGGCUUCGAGAUAUAGAGAAAGUGAAGAGAAAAAUAAUCGUCGAAGCCAAUUUUGGAUUAUCAAACAAGAAACGGUUUCUGAUGGGUCGGGUAACUACUUUGUCAGAAAAGUUCAAUGCAGAAAACUACCAACAUGUCUGGGAAACGCUGAAGCAAAGAGUUGAGAAGAUGAAAAAUGGGCUUAAAUAUCCUCUUCUUGAAAACAAAAUUAUGCUGAUGGAACGCUACUGCUUAAUGACUGAAAAAGCAGGAAAAUAUCUAAAAGUGCUUCCAGAAGAAAUAUGCAGAGCAAAUUUUUUUAAUGGUAGGUCAUUUGAAACGUGAUUUUUUGACGACAAAUUUUUAGUGUAUAUCAAUCUCUACAUUCCCCGAAAGUUAGUUGAAACACUUAAGCCGAAACACAUCUUGUCCACUUUCUAAGAGAUAAAAUUGGACUGAAAUCAACAAGGAUGCUUUGGAUCCUCCCCCCGCCCCUCCCCCACCUUCUUAAACAAUGUUCUUUCGCUAGACAGAAGACCCUUGGACUGCGACGGACUGGGGCGCAAUGGAGAAGGGGGGAAGGGGCUUUCAUUUGGGUACGUUACCGGACUGGUAGGGAGGCAGUAUAGGCGAUCGCGAAUUGCCAGCACGUCAGACUAGCAAUACGGGGAUCACCGGUAAGAGUCCUUUCCCUCUGACCAGUGUAACUUGUUUGCUAUCGUCCCGAGUUUCUUUGCCAUGCUUGUAAGUAAGAAACUGAUUGCUUCCUGCCAGCUGGGAUUUGGACUAUUUGCUUUAAAUUAUUUGACUGGAUUGUCUAAACUAGUCAAAGAAGCCAAGUACACUUCAAGGAAAAAAACAUAGCAUUUAGUUUCCAUUUAUUUUUUACCUGUAGGAUGAAUAGUAAUCAACAAUUUUGUCGCCGAUUUUAAAUUUAUUGUAUUUUCUAAUUAUAUCUAUUGCGUUAUUUCAACAGGGCGCCAAGUUGCAAAUGACCUGGCUUAUCUCUUAAAGCGUUUCAUGGCGGGAACAUCGACGACAAAAGAACUCCAACACGUUAACACAGAGUUCUCAAGAUUAAGCCUCCAUCUUGAACUGUGUUUACUUAGUCAUGAUAUCGCAGUCGAGAAAGUCGAGGUAGAUCAGUCUUUCUGCGACAUGAUAACUACCGUACGUGAAGCACUGUCCAGCGGCAAACGCAUAGAAGAUGAGAGGCUUGAUGAGAUGAUGAAUAAUAUUGCAGCCAUUAGGUAAGGUAUAAAUAGUGUUGACUGGUUCGUCAGUCUGUCUUAUUUUAUGUCAUGGCAACACUAUUCAAAAGUAUUGUGCUUAAGCAGUCCGAACAGAGAUGAUCGUCAAUUGUUCAUAUAUUGCACGAUAAUUUUUUUUUAGCCAUUUCUUAAUUAUUGUUAAAUUUUACAUUGUAAUAUAUUUAAUUUACAUUUUAUUAAUGAUCACAGGAGUUCAGGCUUCAGGAGUAAGUGUUGUUUCGUAUGGUCCGAAGUUGUAGGAUCACACUCAUCAGGCAACUUCAACGAUUGACCGCACUGUAAUUUUCAGGGAGUUAUAAUAACUCCUCUAGUGGGGCUAAUUUAACUCCUUACAGUGGAGUUAUUUUUCGUGGAGUUAUUUUAACUCCAAAAAGGAGUUUAAAGAACUCUUUUUCAGGAGUAAAAGUGACCCCAGAUAUUGAGGAGUUAAAAUAACCCCAAAAAAGGAGUUAUCCUGUACCUAAAAUUUUUACUCCACUUUCAGAGUUAAAUUAACUCCAAAAAGAGUAAAAACAACCCCUGUAAGGAGUACAAGUAACCCCAUUUCGGAGUAAUUUUAACUCCAAGACCGGGAGUAAAAAGAACUCUUUUUCAGGAGUAAAAAUGACCCCAAAUUCGGAGUUAAAUUAGGAGUUAAAAUAACCCCAAAAAAGGGGUUAUCCUGUAACUAAAAUUUUUACUCCAUUUUUGGAGUUAUAAUAACUCCCUAAAAAUUACGGUGCGUUAAAAUUAAAAGCUGGCAGUGAAAUAUAGGGAUGCGUUAAAAGAUAGUAUCUAGGUAACAGAUGGAUUGUGUCUUAGUUACGUUACUCUAGAGUUUUGAAUGCUCUUCAAGUAAAUGAAUUGAGCGCUCUACGAAAUACGUUCUACCCAGAAUACAAGUAAUUUAUAUUUUAUGUAGGGAGCGUCCUCGAUAGGGAUAACCUCUGACGUUUCCUUUUAUGUAUUCUUACAUAAUAAAUAUUUGAUUAAAUUAAAUUAAAUUAGAUACAUUUGUAAUAAAAGAAUUAGUCUAUCAGACUACAAUUCCGGACAAAACUAGUUGGGAAGGUUGUACUUCUUAACAGUAGUCCAUUUUAAUCCUCAAAAAAGAGAGUUUUCUCUUUUGUUAAAAAUCUCCCAUCCCCAUUAUUCAAUGUUAGGAUAUAACAGAACAAUUACGUGCACAAACAUUAAAACGUUUUGCUCAACUUUAGGCCACCACGGGCGGGGGGAGGGGGGGAAGGAGGAAAAAAGGGCUAAAAAGUAGCAGUCUUCCGACGAUGAUUGUAGGUUGAUUCAUUAAGGGAAAAAACAAGGGCUAACGAAAUAUAUCAUGACAAAAAUAUCUUCGAUAAACCAAUAUUUCUUUAAGUAGUGUGAGUUUUAUCCAGUACGUACAACCAAAAUAAGCAUAUCUACUCAGCCCAAUCGUAUCACAGCUGACUCAGUAAGUCGAGUGAACCAGUUAUAUCUAACUGGAAGCCAAAGCACAAGGAGUCAGCGGAACGCGCGGGAAAAAGGAUGUGAGAAUUCUUCGACUGAUUUUACUUUCACUUUUUAUUGGAUUGCUUUUUCGUCUAUCUUUUUAUAGCCUUUAAUUGUUGAUUGUCAUUAAUAAAACAUGUUCUUUUUAAUAGGAGAGCGUACUCGGCUCUUAAUCCUUUGACACAAGAGGAGAAAAAACAGAUCGUGGAAGCCAUGGGUUUGUCGCAAGGUCACUGGUUCAGGUGUCCCAAGGGACACGUCUACGCUAUUGGUGAUUGCGGUGGUGCUAUGGAGAGAAGCAGGUGUAAUGAAUGCGGGGCUGUGAUUGGUGGAGCGAAUCAUGCACUUGAAGAGGGAAAUGAAUUGGCACCUGAGAUGGACGGAGCAAGACACGCAGCCUGGUCUGAACAGGCAAACCUACAGAAUUAUAAUUUCAUGGAUGAGUUACGGUGAAAAGUGACUACUGCUACCGUUUAAGGGCCACAAGAAUCUGGCUAAGUAAAGAAAUCGUUUUUCACUUUUGGGCCAAAAAUGUGGUCGAAACAAUGAAGACUUAAGAAAUAGAAUCGGAAAUAAUUGUGUAUCCACAAAAGAACAUCAAUAGGUUUAAAUAAUUCUAGUGCUAGGAAGAUAC